AUGACCCGAACGGUUGCGCUGCUCGUCUCAUGCUUAAUACUUGUACAUGCGCUGGAUGUGAACAAUCAGGCGGAAGUCAAUAGGAAUAAACAGAAAGGCGUAGGACCAGUGAAGACGGCCAAGGAUGAUUGCAUGAAGGUUGGCGACCGUUUGGGCUGCGCGUGCACGGUCUGUAAGGAUGUGGUGAAGUUCACAAGAAUCAUGAUCCUUGACCACGUUCCAACCGAAGAACAGGUGCUCGACAAGGUUUGUCGACGUAUAUUCAAGUCCGAUGAAUCGAAGGAACGCCUUUGCGAAGAUAUCGUCAAGAGCGAGCUUCCCGAAAUGAUCAAGUAUGUAAAAGAGCGAAUCGAUCCACAUAAAGUGUGUAAGAAGUUCUGCUAA